CUCUCUCCUUCUCUUUAUCUAUCCAGUCUAUACCAUCCCCUCUGCGUAUUCUCUCUCUAAAAUUCGCUCAGUUUUUUAUUUUCGGUAAGUUAAAACUCGCUCAGUUUGUCUCACCAGAACUCACUUUUUUUCCUCUUCACAAUCUCUCUCUCUCUCCCUUGAUAAUUCUGUAUCUGAAAAUGGUGAAAGACCAUCUGUAUAUAACGGUGCCGAGCUUGUUCCGGUGCCCGAUCUCACUGGACGUGAUGAAAUCCCCUGUGAGCCUUUGCACUGGAGUGACAUACGACCGCUCCAGCAUCCAAAGGUGGCUCGACGGCGGGAACAACACUUGUCCGGCCACCAUGCAAGUCCUACAAACCAAAGACUUCGUUCCCAACAAUACCCUUCAACACCUCAUCCAGAUCUGGUCCAAGUCGGCCCAAACCCAGUCCAUCACUGAGUCAGACUCGCUCCUUCACUCACUUACCCAAGACCAAGCUCAAAUCCUCAUCCAACAAAUCAACAACAAUCAAAACGACCAUGAAAUCUGCUUCAGACACGUACAGAAACUGAUUGAAUUCGCAAAAGUGUCUCAAGAAAACCGCAAGUUCUUGGCAACAGCCGAUGGCUUCUUGGUACUUUUCUUGAGAAUUCUCGAUAACAGUAUAAAAAAUUUGUAUGUAGGAGAAAAAAUUAUUCAGUUGUGCAGUUUGAUUUUGGAAAAUUAUACAGAUAGAGAAGGGCUAGCAAAAUUAGUGACCCAAAAAGAUUGCUUGAGUUCCAUGGUAAUUAUAUUAAAACAAGGAAGUUUGGAAUCCAGAACUGCGGUGGCUAAGGUUUUAGAGUUGAUUUCUGUAGAUGUGGAGACAAAGAUUUUGAUUGCUGAACAAAGUGAUAUACUGUCCGAAUUGUUUAGAAUAGUCAAAUCUGAGUCGGACCCAGAUGGGAUCGAGGUGGGUUUGGCGAGCUUGAUCUGUAUAUCAAUGCCAAAGCGGAUCAGAGUAAAACUAGUCCGCCUCGGAGCUGUGAAAGUGCUCGGAAAAAUGUUGUCAGACAACUCAGAUUUGAGCGUUUCGGUGGUCGAAAAGGUCUUGAAGCUUCUUGAAAUGAUUUCAGCAUGUAGAGAAGGAAGAGAUUGUAUAUGUGAGGAUGAACUUUGUAUUCCGGCGAUCGUGAAGAAGGUGCUUAAAGUUUCGACGCCUGCAACGGAGCACGCCGUGACGAUACUGUGGAGUCUUUGCUGUUUGUUUCGGGAUCAGAAGGCACAAGAGUCGUUGUCGACGAGCAAUGGGUUGGCGAAGAUAUUGUUGCUGAUGCAGAGCAAUUGUUCGCCGUCGGUCCGACAAAUGUCCGGCGAUUUGUUGAAGGUUUUUAGGGUUGGCGGUUCAAAGUGUUGUCUUUCCAGCUACGAUACAAAGACUACUCAUAUAAUGCCGUUUUGAUUGUGGUGAAUGCGAUUCCAUUGGUUGUUCAAUGGACUAAAUUGUUUGUAUGUUUUUGGGUAGGUGGUGGGUACAGACAAAGGACUUCUGUAAAUCAAAACCAAAUUUUGUUGACUAAUACAAAC